UCCCCCGUCGUUUUCCGGAGCAGAUUUGCUUAUAAAAGGAUUGCUUCCGCUUUUGUUUGUGUCUCGUGUAUAGUGCGACGUUUUGUUAAUAUAAAUGAAACGCUGGUUGUAAUGAUGAGUGAUUCUUACGUUUGGUAUACUAAUGACUGCUCCUUGCUAAAUGUCUGCGAUUUUUACACAAGAAAAGGUCAAGUCUGUGAACCCUAUGCAACGAUGACCUGACCUCCGGAGAGUCAGCAAUCAAAACUGUAGGAUGAGAAAGAUACUGGGAUAAGGAACUGGAAAAAAAACUGGAAUACGAAAGAAUUCAACUGGGACGAAACUGGUGAUAGGCGUCUGUCGAAAUAUUAAGGUUGAUUUUAGACGUCGUUAAGAAAAUUUUACUAUUUUUGCAGAUCUAGUAACCGGGUGAGACAUUGCCAGAAGUGUUUUAAAUAUAAAAAUAUCUCGAAAUAGUGACACCUACUUUUAGAAGCGAAUUUGACCUCAAAGUAUUAUAUGGACGAAGGCUUUCCUAUAGAAAAACACGAGUGAAAAGGAAACAUAAUCCCGAAUCCUUUCAAAACUUGGACGGUUAUCCAGCGUGUUCCUAAACCUCCCCGAGGCCAGCAAAUAUAAUUGCUCUGGAAUGCUCUGGAAUGGGAAGACUUGAAUACCAUCGGAGAUCAAGAAACCUCGUCUUGGGAACAUAAUUCACGAGGAGAACUUUCGGAAUAGCUUUCAAAGUUUUGUAUUUUAAUACGCUGACUUUUGGAUGUAACUCCCGAAGAACUUUCCUGGGGUCGGAAGGGAGUGUUGGCUUGAAUUUCUGAACGAGUGGAGCGCAAAGUAAUGUGAUUUGUAGUUUAAGAGUUGCAUUAGAGAGUAAUUUAGUGGCGGUAUUUCGUGUGAACGGGAAUUUUUUCAGUUUUGAAAUUAAUUGAAGGCGAAGAAAAAUCUAGUGACUGGAUUGUUAUGAGAACGAAAGUGGGGGGAAAUAUUGGCCCUUUACGUCCGAAAUAUUGAAAACUUAUAAGAAACGUUUGUAAAAGGAUCAAACAUUUCAUGGAAAGUUUUUACGUAAAUUAAAGAAGUAUAAUAAACGUUUUUUUAAGCUUAACAAAGAAUAUAAUAACCGUCUGAAAGACACUUUCCUUUUGCUGGAAUCGGGAGACAUUUGAAACCCGAGGCAGGAUCCAAAAUGGCCUUCAUAAAAACGAUGUUGGUCCGUCGUAGGGGCGUCCUCUUGAAAUUGGUCGUCGCCCUCCCUGCCUUCUGGCUGGUCCUCAGCCUCCUGACGCUGACGACGGAGAAGGGCGACAAGAACGACCUCAUCGACCUGCCCCCCAACGUGAGGGUGCGGGACGACUCCUUCGACAAGGCCAUACCCGUCGUCAAGGAGGACCCCGUCAUGCCCAUCAGGGAAGAGGCCCAGCCGGUGGUCAGGCCCCAGGUGAAGGAGGAGGUCGUCCGGCCGGAGCCCAAGGUCGAGCCGAAGGUCGUGACGACCGAGGGUCCUCACGAGAUCCACCACCAAGACAGGGUGCUGCUGCCCCCGCAGGAGCCCAACGGGCCCGGGGAGAUGGGCAAGCCCGUCGUCCUGCCGAAGGACCUUGACCCCGAGACGAAGAAGCUGGUGGACGAAGGCUGGAAGAACAACGCCUUCAAUCAAUACGUCUCCGAUAUGAUCUCUGUUCAUCGGACGCUCCCUGACCCCCGGGAUGAGUGGUGCAAAGCUCCGGGACGCUUCCUGGAAAACCUGCCGGAGACGUCUGUCAUCGUGUGCUUCCACAACGAGGCCUGGUCCGUCUUACUCCGCACGGUCCACUCCAUCCUGGAUAGAUCUCCCAGCCACUUGCUCCGGGAGAUUAUCCUCGUCGACGACAACUCCGACAUGCCUCACCUGAUGAAGCCCCUGGAGGACUACGUCGAGCCCCUGAAGAAGGUGCGGAUCAUCCGGGCUCCGAAGAGGGAGGGACUGAUCCGCGCUCGCCUCAUGGGAGCCAAAGCAGCCACGGCUCCCGUCCUCACGUUCCUGGAUUCUCACUGCGAGUGCACUACAGGUUGGUUGGAGGCAUUAGUGGAUCCCAUCGGACGCAAUUCCAGCACGGUAACGUGUCCUGCCAUUGACACCAUUGCGGAUGAUACCUUGCAGUACAUAGUGGCUCUGUCCCUUGGUCAACCCCCAGUUGGGGGAUUUUCCUGGGAUUUGCAGUUUAACUGGCAUGCUAUACCUCAAAGGGAGCGUGCACGUCACCAACAUCCUGCUGAACCUGUACAGUCACCAACAAUGGCUGGUGGUCUCUUUGCUAUUGACAAAGCCUUUUUCGAAAGACUGGGAACUUACGACUCUGGAUUUGAUAUAUGGGGUGGAGAAAAUCUUGAAUUAUCUUUUAAGACUUGGAUGUGUGGAGGGACCCUGGAAAUUGUUCCCUGUUCUCAUGUGGGUCACAUAUUCAGGAAAAGAUCCCCUUACAAGUGGCGAUCUGGGGUCAAUGUUCUGAAAAGGAAUUCCAUUCGAUUAGCUGAAGUAUGGUUGGAUGAAUACAAGAAAUACUACUAUGAGCGAAUUGGUUAUGAUUUGGGUGACUUUGGCGAUGUGUCGGAUCGGAAGAAGUUGCGUCAAGAUCUGGGGUGCAAAUCAUUUAAGUGGUAUUUAGAUAAUGUUUAUCCAGAGCUCUUUGUACCUGGUGAUGCUGUAGCCUCAGGCGAGGUUCGCAACUUGGGUAGAAGUGGUUCUGUCUGCCUCGACUCCCCUGCACGUAGGGCUAACUUACACAAACCCGUUGGCCUCUACCCUUGCCACAAACAAGGGGGUAACCAGUAUUGGAUGUUAAGCAAAGAAGGAGAAAUUCGAAGAGAUGAAGCCUGCAUGGACUUUGCAGGAAAAGACGUCAUCUUGUAUCCUUGCCAUGGCUCUAAGGGGAACCAGUAUUGGGAAUAUGCUCCCGAGACGAAUCGAAUUACCCAUGGUAGCAGCAAGAAAUGUUUGGCCAUUUCAGCUGACAAGAAGAAACUUCUUAUGGAAGACUGCAAUUUGAAUGAGCCAAGACAAAAGUGGAAAUUUGAGAAUUAUGAUCCUUCAAAAAAGCUAUGAGAACUGCUUUAAUUUUAAAGGAUAUUAUAUUGCUUUUAUUAUAUAUAUUUUCCAAGUGCCUCUGUGUAUUAAUUUAUUACAAGAAAAAUAUAUCAGUGAUAUGUGAUUUUCUAUUUUGUGCUGAUGUUAAGCACUUCCGUAAUAUAACGAAUCUGAAACAAGGAAUAGGUACUAGAAAAGCAUUUCUCCUAUUGUUAUUCCUUCUUUUGUGUGAAUUGCUGAUUUUGUAUUAUUCUGAUAGAGCAAACUGCCAUUCUGCCAACAAGGUUCAAGGUAAAUUCCCUUCCAAUCAAAUGAAUCACUGACUCUUGAUUUUGAAGAGGGUAAAUACUGGUGAAGUCAGAGGAACUAUUUGAACAAUAUACCUGUGCUUGGAAAUAUUGAUUGACGAUGGUUGUGACUUCUGUAUCUUAUAGCCUGUCUAUUCUGCUGUGAAGGAACAUCAAAACAGAAGGAAAUGUUUACACAUGGGUUUUAUGUUAUUCUGCAGUUGCACUUAAAUUUUCUUCACCAGAAAUUGAAGUGUCUUUGAUUAUUGCAAUGCAGUAGUAUAAUUGGUUACCACACAGAAGAGAAGUGACAUGAAAGCACCAAUCAACCUCUUAGAAAUAGACUCUCUGGAAUUGCAGAGAGAAUGCAAACUGUGCCAGUCUUCAUCUUUGUUGCAAGUUUCUAGUAUGUGCAUUUUCAGUGAUUUUGCUGUUUUGCAAUGAAAAUGUGGUGUGGUUGGUGAAAUGGGGAUAUAUGCAUGAAUGCUGAUCGAGCAUAUGUCAGGCAUUAUGCAUUUAUACUUGUGUAGAGUGUAGAUUUCUUAUUGUGGAUGCUGGGAACCACCUUCCAGUCUUGUGCCAGUUAUGACAGCCAGUGUCAUGUGUGCCUCAAUUAUUACUUUUUAUUUCAUUAUAGGGACAUCACUAUUAACAAGACUGAGUUAUUCAGACUUUUUCCUCUUUAUUCCAACAAGAUUAUGUACUAAGUUUUUCAUGUUAAUUAUCAAGUGAAAAUUAGUAUGGCCAAAGAAUUGUCAUAUAGUUUAUUAUUAUAGAUUUCUUUGAAAAUGUCCUUAUUCAGUCCUGUUACUAGAAAUGCCAUGAUUCAGUUAUGUCUAUGAAAUUUAAUCCUUUUAAUUAAGUUUGUAUGUUAUCAGGUUUUCCUUUUGGGACUGGAUGAAAGUUGGUGUUGGAUAUUGGUUAAUUUUAAUAUUAUAUACAUGUAUUUACCUCAUUCUUGUAUUAUAUGCUUAUUUUUUGCUACAUUGUUGAAUGUUGUUCAUUUCUUUAUUGGUGCUUGGGAUUGAUUAAGGACUAUAAUCUUUUAAUGUACAUGGAUGAUAUGAGAAAUUGCAAGAGGUAGGAUUUUUCAUUUGAAAUCAGUUAAGCAAAAAAACAAGGAAUUAAGAUCUUACAACUUCUAUGAAGUACAUCAAUAUGAAACAGGUAUCUUAUUAGAUAUCUUAUGGUGAUGUUAAUUUCUUGUUAAUGGUUGAAGGAAACUGGUAAUCUUCUGUGCAAACAUUAAGGGAAGUCUUCCAAAUAUUGCCACAGUCAUAACUAAUAUGUAUGGGAUUUUCAAUUAACUAUCAUGGACCACCUCUAAUGAUGUGGCAUUCUGAUAUGUCUUAAAAUGAGUUAUUCAUAGACAUGAUCUCUUUAUAUAGCUACUUUAUGUUGAGGUUGUUUGAAAUUUAGGCCAUUUUUCAUGUCAAUAUCAAGAAAAGCACCCUUGAAACUGUAGUUUUCAUUUUGAAAUUGUGUUGAAAAUUGAAUCAUUGUUGAAAUAUGAUACACAGGUAUUAUUUUCAAUUCUGGUUUUUAGUUUCUCAGAUUUCAGUACAUGCAUACAUUAAUGUAUAUCUGUAAUGGUAUCACAAUGAAAUAUAAUGGUUGUAAAAUGAUUUAUCCAGAAAAGUAUAGAUUUUAUUCAUAAUGCCGCAAGUAUGAUUGCCAAAACAGGCUUGUUUGACAUCUUUGUUGACGUUGAGAAAUAUUGCUGUUGAAAUGUUAACACAGUAGCUGUUCUUUGAACUUAAUGAAAUUGUGCUUUCUUCUGUACUGAUUUAAGAGUACUAUAUAGCUUCAGACAUUGUCACAUUGUCAUAAAUCUGCAAAGAAAAUCAGGAAAAUUAAAGAUUCCAAGAAAUUGCAAAACAGAUUGCAGUACUGUAUGAUUACAACCUUGAGUUACUUCUUGUCUAAUAAAAUUAAAAGUUCUAUCAUAGUUGUCUAUGCAGCCAGCAAGGACUAUAUUUAUAGCAGGCUUCCCAAUGUUUGAAAUAACUUGUGUGUGAAAUGCAGCAUGUCAAAGUAUCACCAGUAUGUUAUUCCUGUACUAUACUAAAGUUUUAUUUUAACUGUUUAAGGUAUUGUGGCUUGUGAGUAAUUUACCUGAGACUUCUGAAAUUUGAUGAUGGCACCAAACCUUUAUGUUUUGUUCCUUUACAGAAGUUCUGUACUACUACUGUUCCCAGUAGAUUUCUUGCACUAAUGUAUGAAAUUGGUUUCAUGAAUGUUAUACUGGUGAAUAUAGUAUGGUACUUAUAAAGUUAGCCAUGGAACAGUGAUUUAUUAUGUACAAUAAUUAUUAAAAAAAAAAUCCUUAACAGUAUUAAUAUAUCUAUCAUUGCAGCUGUUGUUGACUUAUGGACAAGCUUUAGAAGCUAAGUGCAUUGGAUUAAAGUUGCUAAACUUGCUUAGAAAUAAUGGCAUUUUUAUGCAUCAUCAUAAAAUGUGUGCAGUCAUAGUAAUUUUAUUCAUACAGGGUAGAUAGUGAUAUUUUCCAUCUGUUUUUAAUUAAUUGCUACUUUCUGAUUGUUAUAAAAGGAUGUGAUUAUUCAUUCCAAAACUCUUGAAUUAUUUUUGUAAUAUACUAGUCUGGUUUAACCAGAUAUUGAAAUUGAGAUUGCCAUUUUCAUUAUGUUAAACUGAGUCUAGUUUUGAAAUGCAUAAAGCCAAAUUCAGAGCUUCACAAUGUUGACUAAUCACACAGUUUGUUUAUGAUAUUGAGUUAAAAGUACAAUUCAGUGCUAAAAUUUUUCUCUUUUCUUUUCUUAAUAUGCACUGUAUAGUACUCUGAACACCUCAUGCUCCUAAAAUAUUUGUUAUAUUUCACUGUUGCAAGAGAAAUCAAACUUUGGCUGUUAUAUCUAAGAGACAACCUCUGAAAUGCAUAUUGUUGUGGUUAUCUUGUAUAAAGUUAACAUACUGAUGGCCAGUGUAAACUUGUGAUAGUAAUAAUAUUGCAAUAGGAGCUGGAUUGUGCGUUUCAAAUGUAGGCUAAUCAUGAACUUUAUGGUGUUGAGCUAAACCUGCUUAUCCUGCAGGUGAAGUCAUUUAUUAAAAUUAAUGCCAAGGAAAUAUAUUCAGUGAGUUAGAAAGACCGAAUAACGUGUCAUUUAUUUGAUAAAUGAAGCUUGUAUGUUUAUUAUAUUAACCAGAUUUUGUAUAUAUAUGUACAGAAGAUCAAACUAAACAUCAAACAUCCCCAUGAUAGAAUAAGAAUUGUUAUAUAGUACUUAAUGCUGAGUCUGCUUGUAUGUAAUUUCAUAAAGAACUCAUGUUCUUCCAAAGAUCGAUUACAUUCCACAUGACAUUCCAGUGAACUGAAUAAUUAAAUUAUAUAUUAAUUAGCAUACAUCGAUUAAUACUUCUGUAAUUAGAAAACUCAAAAUCCUCCUAGAUUUUUUAUAAACUGUAGUUACCUUUUUGUAAGCAAUGACAUAUCAUAUUUUGGUUACCAUGUAAACAUAUCAAAAUAAUGAAGAAUUGUCCAUGCCUAUUAGUUCUUUUUUUAUAUGGGAGCAUUCCAGAUUUCUUACUUUUUAUAUUAUAUAAGUGAUGCUCUCUCUCUCUCUCUCUCUCUCUCUCUCUCUCUCUCUCUCUCUCUCUCUCUCUCUCUCUCUCUCUCUCUCUCUCUCUCGUUUUUGUUAAAUAUCUCAAAUAAUGUAGAGCAUUACUAUACUCAAAUGAUGGAAUCUUAAAUUGUCAAAUACCCUAACUCUUGAUGGUGAUUGGCUAAAACUUUAUUGCUGAAUGUUUGCUCCUUGUUUAUUCAUUAUUUAGCUUUUUGAUAUAUGAACUCUUGAUUUGGCCAAAUUAUAGAGGUUGUUGGGUCAUUUUUUUAAACUGUACACAGACACAGAUGUAAAUUUUCCCCUAAAUUUUUUGUUCAUUUGAAGUUGAUGAAAUUUGUUUUCAAACAUUUGAGUUCGAUAUAUAUGCAGUAUUAUUAGUCAGCAAUGGCCACAAUAAUGUUAUUGUGCCUCUAUGGACUGUUACUGAAGAAAUGAAUUGUUUGUCCCAACUCAUUAUGGAUACCAAUAAGAUAUUUUGAUAAAGAAUUUAUGAAGGAGUUAAGAGACUUUAUAUUUUUGUUUUGCUCAAUGAAACCUAUUGUUUUGUACUUAUCAUAGGCUGUAUAGUAUUUCAUGAAUUGAUUAUUUGUUAAUAGAUACAAUUAAAAUAUGGUAGAAUUGUAACACAUGUACAGUUGUUUUGCAGAAUUUUUGGCAAAUUUGGGUAAAAGUUUAGCAAGAAGUUCGUAAAAUCUUUCUAUUGUAUAUGAUUAGGCACCAUCCCAAAUGUCAGCAACAAUCAAGUCAAGUUAAUCACAGUUUUCAUUCAGUAAUUUUUUUUAAGUUGAGGUUUGCCACUUGACAUUCUUUUAAACAGCUCACCAUUCUGAUAAUAAGUUAAGUUUCUUCUUUGCAUUUUUGUAUAUCAUAGUUUUCCUUUGUAAUCACCUGACAUUUUUUUUCUUGCAUUUAUGUGCACAGGUAUUGGGACCGCCAUGUUUUUCCCUGAUAAAGAUGAGUUGCUGGUACUUGAGAUGCAAUAUGCAAAUGAAGGAGUAGAGCUAUGGAAGUAUAGCCUAAUACAGUAGAUUGGAGUGCUUUUUUAAUAUGAACUCUCUCCACUAUGCUAGGCUUUUGCCAGAUGAGUAACAUAUUGUAUACAGAAGUUGUAUCAUUGUAGGUUAGUGAACGACUGAAGUGUUAACCUCGAGUAUGUGUCCACUCAUUUGAUGAUGAUGCAAGAUCUUCACUUCUGAUGACUACAGUGUAUAUAUACAUUACUUAUAAAUGUUGUCAUUAGGACUGUUGAACACUUGUGCAGGCACUCUUUGAGUGUUGACAGUUUGUGUGCGUGUGCUUUGUUUGUUGUGUGGUAAGUGAAAUUAACCACUUGUUUUCCAAUGUACUUUUGGGGGGGAUGGUAUUGCAUACAGAAACUGUCAGACUUGUAUUCAUUACUGUUCCCCAUGUGAUUUUCCUCAAUGGGUGCCUUAUUAAAUCAUUCCUAUUAA